CUCUUCUACGCGUAACAGCAUAUUCUUACGAUCUUCAUCCUUCUCAAUCAGCAUCUACCAUUAUGAUCUCUUCCAUUACGACUAUUACUGCCCGCGUCGCCGUCACUGGCUUUCUUACUGUCUUUUGCUUCAAACGGACCGUCGUCGACAAUACCGCUCAGGUCCUAUCCGAAGCAGAGAAGGUCUCCGCUGGCCUCAUCGCAUACUCUAUCUGCAUGUCGACCUUCACGCUUGUUCUCGCCGCCGACGCAGCUGCACAGAGGAUUCUCAGCAAGGACGCCAAGGACAUGCCCGCCGCUCCGAAGGACGGCGACGCCGACUUUAAUCCUCCAUCCACUAAUGACAAUACCGCCUCCGCUACACCUAAUCCUGUCGCACUACAUUAUUUGCAGCCAUCUCCGUCUCCAUCUCCAUCGCGUUCAAUCGAAUUACAACCAUCUCCAGCUCCAUCAUCGCGUUUAAUCGAACCACAACUAUCUCUGCCUCCAGCUCCGCCGCAUUUAAUCGAAUCACAGCCACCUAUGGCUCAAUCUCUCUUUUCUUCGCAUUUAAUCGAAUCAACGGAAACCAUAUCCAUUCCAAUCACCUGUUGUACUUGUACGCCUUGCAUCAAUCUCACUUCGCCGAACCUCUACUGCAAACGUCUGUCUAUUGAUUCCAACAUCACACUCCUACCCUGCGACAACGACUUCAUUACCAACAACUGUAAGUUAUUUGAUGACCAAAGCAUUGUCCAUGACUCGGAGGUAAGACGCAGCGUAGCCUCAAUUUCAGCAUUACCUGAUGCUUGA